UCACAGCCCCUCUCUGGCCCCUUGCCCUCGCCUCCCUUCUGGAUGGACCCUGCUUCCGCCUUCCCUUCCAGCAGGGCAAAUAAAGCUCUGAGCCCAGCGCCCAGCCAUGGCGUGCCCCCUGGACCAGGCCAUUGGCCUCCUCGUGGCCAUCUUCCAUAAGUACUCGGGCAAGGAUGGCGACAGGAGCACUCUGAGCAAGAAGGAGCUGAAGGAGCUGAUCCAGAAGGAGCUCACCAUCGGCGCGAGGCUGCAGGACGCUGACAUUGUGAAGCUCAUGGAGGACCUGGACCGAAACAAGGACCAGGUGGUGAACUUCCAGGAAUAUGUCACCUUUCUGGGGGCCUUGGCUUUGAUCUACAAUGACGCUCUCAAGGGCUGAAAACAAGUCAGGAGGUGGAGACACCCUUGAGCGGGCCUGCCUAAGUAAAAUACUGUGGUGGGUAAUUGUUCAAUAAAUAACUUUUUUUGGUC